AGCCAAUAGGAGACGCCUCAACGUAGAGUAACACGUCAUUUUAGUGAAGCGCAAGGGCCGCCUGUUAGCGAGUGAUCCCCUCAUCUUCGCAAUUUUGUCCCCUGCAUCCGCCUGCUUUCAUCUUAAAGUGCCAUAAAUUAUUUUGAACACAACGGACCACUUUGCCCGUGUCUAGCCUCGAGGCCAACCUGAAAUAAAAGCUCAGCGAUGGCGUCCUACCAGGAGUUCAUCCAACAGAACGAGGACAGGGACGGGGUGCGAUUCAGCUGGAACCUCUGGCCCUCCAGCCGGCUGGAGGCCACCAGGCUCGUGGUCCCAGUCUCCUGUCUCUUCACACCUCUCAAGGAGAGGCCCGACCUUCCACCAGUCCAGUACGAACCGGUUCUAUGCAGUCGGGCCAACUGUAAGGCAGUGCUGAACCCCCUAUGUCAAGUUGACUACAGAGCAAAAAUAUGGGCGUGCAACUUCUGCUUUCAGAGAAACCCCUUCCCUCCCUCUUAUGCAGGCAUAUCAGAAGUGAACCAGCCAGCGGAACUUAUGCCUCAGUUCUCUACCAUUGAGUACAUAGUACAGCGAGGAACCACGGCCCCUCUGAUCUUCCUUUACGUUGUGGAUACCUGUUUGGAGGAAGAGGACCUUCAGGCCCUCAAGGAGUCCCUCCAGAUGUCGCUCAGCCUGCUGCCCCCCAAUGCCCUGGUGGGCCUCAUCACAUUCGGGCGUAUGGUUCAGGUUCACGAGCUCAGCUGUGAGGGGAUCGCCAAGAGCUACGUGUUCAGGGGCACCAAAGACCUCUCCUCCAAACAAAUCCAGGAGAUGCUUGGGUUAACAAAACCAGCAGCAUCAGCACAACAAGGUCGCCCUCUGGCACCUCAGGAUGCCGGCGCUUCCUGCAGGUUCCUUCAGCCCGUUCACAGAGUUGAUAUGAAUCUGACAGACCUGCUGGGUGAGCUUCAGAGGGACCCGUGGCCAGUUCCUCAGGGCAAACGGCCGCUCCGCUCAACCGGCGUUGCGCUGACAGUUGCUGUCGGCCUGCUGGAGGGUACAUUCCCCAACACAGGGGCUCGUGUGAUGCUGUUCAUCGGUGGGCCCCCCACUCAAGGCCCAGGCAUGGUGGUGGGAGACGAGCUGAAAACCCCCAUUCGUUCCUGGCAUGACAUCCAGAAAGACAACGCUCGCCAUCUGAAGAAAGCCACCAAGUACUAUGAAGCCAUGGCCAACCGCUCUGCAGUAAAUGGCCAUUGUAUUGACAUCUACGCCUGUGCCCUGGACCAGACGGGACUGCUCGAGAUGAAGUGCUUAUCUAAUCUUACCGGGGGGCACAUUGUUAUGGGAGACUCCUUCAACACCUCCCUGUUCAAGCAGACCUUCCAAAGAGUCUUCAGCAAGGACCUCAAUGGAGAUUUCCGCAUGGCCUUUGGUGGUGUCCUGGAAAUCAAGACAUCAAGGGAGGUGAAGGUCUGCGGGUCCAUUGGACCGUGUGUUUCACUCAACUCAAAGGGCUCUUGUGUUUCAGAGACUGAGAUGGGCAUUGGUGGUACGAACCAGUGGAAAGUGUGCGGCCUCAACCCCUCCACUACUUUGGGCAUUUUUUUUGAAGUGGUGAAUCAGCACAAUGCACCAGUCCCUCAAGGCGGCCGAGGGGCGAUCCAGUUUGUAACCCAGUACCAGCACUCCAACACACAGAGGAGGAUACGGGUCACUACCAUCGCAAGGAACUGGGCGGAUGCACAGUCCCAAAUUCAGCACAUCGAGUCGUCGUUUGACCAGGAAGCUGCCGCAGUGCUCAUGGCUCGCCUUGGAGUCUUCAGAGCCGAGUCGGAGGAGGGACCCGAUGUCCUGCGUUGGCUCGACAGGCAGCUCAUCCGCCUGUGUCAGAAGUUUGGCCAGUUCAACAAAGACGAUCCCACCUCCUUCAAACUGUCGGAGUCUCUGUCGCUCUACCCACAGUUCAUGUUCCAUCUGCGGCGGUCGCCCUUCCUGCAGGUUUUCAACAACAGCCCCGAUGAGUCGUCUUAUUACAGGCACCACUUUGUGAGGCAGGACCUGACCCAGUCCCUGAUCAUGAUCCAGCCCAUCCUCUACUCCUACUCCUUCCAUGGACCACCAGAGCCUGUCCUCCUGGACAGCAGCAGUAUCCUGCCCGAUCGAAUCCUGCUGAUGGACACUUUCUUCCAGUUGGUUAUUUACCAUGGAGAGACCAUAGCGCAGUGGCGUAAGGCCGGCUACCAGGAAAUGGCUGAGUACGAGAACUUCAAACAGCUGCUGCUUGCGCCACUGGAUGAUGCCCAGGAGAUCCUGCAGACACGCUUCCCCAUGCCGCGCUACAUUGACACAGAGCACGGAGGCUCGCAGGCUCGCUUCCUGCUCUCGAAGGUCAACCCAUCACAGACGCACAACAAUCUCUACGCCUGGGGACAGGAGACUGGUGCCCCAAUUCUCACAGAUGACGUCAGCUUGCAGGUCUUCAUGGACCACUUGAAGAAACUGGCAGUUUCUAGCUCUGCGUAGACGUCUGUGGAACCACAAAGUGAUCAGACGUUCAUGAAAUCGGGAUCCAUUAACAUUUGCUUUCCCUGUUUGUUUGGGUUUGACAAACAAACUAACAAACAGAGAGUCGCCUCUAUUGUCUUGCUAGAAUGUGUCGUUCAUGGAGCAAAGUAUGACCUUUAUGCUACAAAAUGAACUGAAAAAAGGUGGGAAACACAUUCCUAAUGUGAAAAAGUCCAUGUAAGCAAUAUCAAAUCCAUUUUUUCUUAUAAUAUUUGAUAUUACAUGUAACAUGGUGAAUUAUUAGACCAAUCAUUUCUCGUUUUAUUUUUGUUUGUCCUGUCCUAUAAAUGUAUGUCUCCUGCAUCAGAAUGGGUUAAAGUUGCUGUUUAAAUAGAAUGCUCGUAUUUGUUUGCUUUGUCUAUAGCUAUAUAUGAUAUACUUAUAACUUUCUCAUUAAUAAAUUAUGAUAGUACUUUCUAAUUCUGAAGAAAUGUUCACAGGGCUUGUCGGUCGUCACACUGAUGACCUGUUAAUCAGUCUAUUUGAUAUAUAUAGAUUGAGAAUCCUACAUGGAUUAUACCUGUGUUUUCCAAGACAAUUCCCCUUGAAUAAUAGGAUUAAUGUUCUGAGGAAUCAACACAACCGACUCAGCUUUCAAUGAUGAACAUUAAGAUUGAUGUCUAACUUUAUAAGCCACCGUAUAUUUUAGUCAUCAUCCCCAUCUGGUAUUUUGCAUCCAAUGAUUGCCCAAGUGUCUUUGCAACCAAACUUCUAUAUACUGUUAAGUCUCAAUUAAAGGGACAGUUGUUUGAUUUAGAUCCUGUCUGGAGUCCUAUUGCCAUCCAUAUAAAGACCUCUUGGCAGGA